GAAAUUCAAUUCCAAAUUCCAAUUUCCAAGUUCCAACUUAGUACUUACUAUAUCCUAUACUUAAAAUUCAAAACAUUCGUCAUUCGAAAAAAUAAAAAUGUCUACUGUAUAGUGAAAAUUAUUAAUUUCAUCUCUAUAGUUUUUAAUCCUUCAUAAUUGUGUUAAGGUUUCAUUGUAAUACAAACAAAAACGUUUAUAAUGUGCAUUGUAAACGGUUUUUUUUUUGUAAAUUGAGAAAUGAAAUUCAAAAUUUUCUCGCCGUUUUAAUAUCAGUACAUUUUGGUAGUUUAGUACAAUAUUUUAGUAACUUAUUAAUCUUUUCCGUGUACUGAUUAAUUUCAACUCGAAAAUAUGUUUCGUGAAUAUUUUUUUUUAUUAUUAAUGUUUUUCUACUGUGGUUUACUAACUGAUCUGAUUAAGAGUCAAACAUUAGAGGUGGUUACUGACAAUGAGCUCUUAGAUUUAUGCCGUUCUGAAAACCAAGUAGUUGCCUUAUUUACAUUAAAAGACUGUGAAAAGUGUAAAAAGUAUGAAGAAACUCUCACUCAAAUUAGAGAAGAACUUGUUGAUUCGUUAAAUGCUUGGGUUGUAAAAGUGGAAGGUAGCAAUUUAGUACACAUUUAUAAUCCUGCUAAAGAACCAACGUUGGUUAUGUUUCGACAUGGUGUACCAUUACUAGUACCAGAGCCAGAGGCUGUUAACGAUGAGUUUUUGAUAGACAUGUUAUUGAACACAGAGAUCCUAUUGUUAAAGAACUUAAUGAUAAUAGUUUUGAACAUCUUACCCAGGCAUCAACAGGAGCCACAACAGGCGAUUGGUUUAUUAAAUUGCAAUUAUUCAUCAGAUAGUAUAGAAUGUCAAAGAUUACAAGCUCGCUGGGAAACAGUUGGUGCUAAACUGAAAAAUCGUGUUAAUGUUGCUCGUGUCAACAGGUACAUUGGAGGAUCUAUAACUGCCCGUCGAUUUGCUAUAAGCCAAUCUCCUACAUUUAUUUUAUUGCGUCGUGGAGUCAUGUAUACUUAUACAUCAACUGAUCAUACUAUUGAAUCAUUCAUCAAAUUUGUUGAGGAAGAUUAUAAAUUCACAGUUAAAGGGCAAGUGCCCCAACCAAAAUCAACAUUUGAUGAUUUUGUACACAUGUGCUUUGAUGUAAUCAGGGAAAACCCAUUGGCGUGGAAAUUAGGAUUGACGGUUUUGAGUGUAAUAUUGCUGUGUCUUGCUGCUUUGAAGACAACAUCCAAGUCAAGUGAAUAUAAGUCAAAAAAAAAAUCCACUAAAAGUUCUAGUAAAAAAAGCAAGUAAUAUAUUAUAUAUAUUGUAUAUUUAUAUACACAUAUAAUUUCAUUAUGUGCAAAAUGCAUUUUAAAUGUAACUUAAAUAUUUUCAUUAAAUCUUUUAUAAAAUAAAUACUUGUACUAUUAUAAAUAAUUUCUGUGUUAUUAUUUGAAUUUUUUGUGUUUGAAAUAUAAAAAUAUAAAAUUAUAAA